AUGAACGGGCUGGGUAGCCUGCUUUUGGUGGUCAUCGUGCUCAUGGCUCUGGUGUUUGCCGCAUCGAGGUUCGACUUUAUCUUCACGUCAGGCAAAGUUGAAGAAGUCGAAGGGGAGGAGGACUCAACAUAUGCUUUCUAUGGCUCCAGGAGGAGGAGGGCUUCCAGUGGGUUUCCAUGCAAUGGCGAUUAA